UUUCCUCAAAAAAACCGAAGAAAAUGACGCGCCUUUGUAUCUGUGAGAUGUGCAGCUGUGGCCGCCACCGUUGCACACACCAGCCCACGGCUCUUUACAAGAAAGGCAGUAAGACUAAUGUGUUGUCAGAGUACUCAGAAAAGUAUCCCGCCUAUAAAGGGCACACGCGGCCCAAGAGUGUCAAGCCCCAACUGCAGUAUAAAGCUCAUCAGGACACGAUGGAAGGAACAACCACCUUCAGGACAGACUAUGUCCCGUAUGUGGUCACCCAUCGCCCUGAGAAGCCGCAGGCCGAGUACAAGCCCAAGCCUGGAGAGAUUGAUUUAGGAACGACCUAUAAACAAGACUUCAACCCAUAUGAAGUGCAACCAUUUGUUCCUUCACGUCCGAAAGAGAGAGUAUAUACCACAAAUGCAAAACUGGACACCGUACCCACCUAUAAAGAAGAUUUUCGUCAGUGGGAGAUCAGCAGACGGGAAUUGACUAAGCCUGACACACCGUAUCAACCCCCUGUUACAAAGUUUGGGAAUUCCACAACAUUCCAGGACGAUUUCGUCCACCGAGGCCUAGUGCCACGUGAGAGCUACAAGCCCCCUAACAUAGCCAAGCUAUCCGAUACUCCUUUUGAAAACAUGACCAGCAACAAGCUCUCCUAUGUUCCGCAUGCUCUCGAAGCCCGGUACGUUAAACCGCCAAUAGAAUACAAACCCAACAGCCAACCUUUCCAGGACUUCACCACCCAUCGACAAGACUAUCAAGGCCUGCCAAGUCCGCUGACCAAAAGCUGCAAGCCUGAGCCGCUCAAAGUAGCCUCCAACAAGCCCUUCCAGGGCAGCACGGAAUUCCGUGACCGUUUCCAGCAGUGGCCCGUAUCCCUCCAGCAGUUGCAGAAGUCGGUGGAAUAUAUGAGUCCAACAGAGCAGAUGGACCUGACUACCACCUCGCACACCGACUACAUCAAGCACCAAAUCCAACCCUUCAUUUCCGCCAAACCCUUCUCACUUCCCACUAAGUCCUCCAGGCCCUUUCAGGGCAGCACCACCAUGAGAGAUGACUUCCAGCCGUGGGCGGCUCCCCGUCAAAGCAUGAUCCGGAAACAAGAGGAAAUCCAGCGAGCCAGUGGGAAAAUGGAAGAUCUGACCACCUUCAGGGCUCAUUUCAUUCAGCAUGAAGCUCAGCCUAGUUUCAGCUUCAAGCCCCAAAACGCACCGCUGCGGACCGACGCUCCCCUACAGAACGACACCAUGUACCGCACAGAGUUCACGCCCAAGAAGAUCAGCGUGUGUCCAGCCAGUUUUGAGUCUCCGCCGGGGUUUGUUUUCGAUAAUUACGAUGAUCGAGGCCACCGCUUCUUCCGCAAGAUGAUGUCUGCUGACAAGAUUGAGACGCCGAAGGAAAUGGUCUUGACAGCUUAA